GACAGAGAUCUCGAUCCGACAAGCCUUCGAGGAGUUCUGCAAAGGCCUUGUCCCGGCUGGUCCCUACUUUGAACACGUCCUUGAGUUCUGGGAAGCAAGAGACCGUGUGAUGUUUGUCACUUACGAAGAUCUGAAAGCAAACCCGGAAGAAACCGUGAGGAAGAUCGCCGAGUUCUUGGGGUGUAAGACAAAAGUGGAGGAGAUCGUGAAAGAGUGUAGCUUCGAGAAGCUGAGGAGUACAAGCAAAGAGAGAGGAGAGGGAGUUCACUGGAGUGGAAAUAAGUAUGACAUGUUCUUCAGGAAAGGUGUGGUCGGAGAUUGGAAGAAUUAUCUGACACAAGAGAUGAUGAAGGAGCUUGAAGACAUUGCUGACCUGAAAUGGAGAGGGACAGGAUUGGAUCUCAACAUUUUCUAUAGAACUGCUUCACAAUAAUCAUGCAGUUUAUGUCGUUGUUGGGUGGUGAUAACUCUCGUUGUUAACUAUUUUUACUUGUAUUCCCUAGAAUUUCCUAUUAGAAUGAGUUCACUAAAUAAUAACAUUGUAUCAAUAUUUGAACCAUCGAGAACCUAAUAAAUGGAUACUUAAACUACUUUGACCACCGUACAUGAGAUGAAUCAUUGAGUAUCAAUUUUCCUCACCAUACGUGCAACUAAACAUAUAUAAUGUAAGUAGAUGUUAAACACUGUAUGUGCGUGUGCAAUCUCAACAAAUGUGAAGGUGUGUGCACAUAUGUACAAUGUCAAGUGUCACCUAGACUACAACAUUCUCCACAGAUCCUAGCGUACCCAUGAGAUAUGGUCUUUGUAUACUAAAAUUCCUAAAUGAACCACAUGUUCUCUCUGUUUUGUUCCCUACAAUGAUACUAAUCAAUCAACGAUCCUAAGGAUAGAAUGCCGGAAGUUACAUUCUUACAGAUUCUACAGUUAAAUCGCAUAUAUAACAGAGAUAUUUAUGACACACAUCUAUGUUCCACGAGGAUAGAAUAGCGAUUUUUCCUAACCAACGGAGAUAUGCAAA